AUGGGACGCAGGUCCGCACCUCAGCCGCUGGCUUUGGCUGAAGACGUUUCCUCAUCUGCUCUCAGCGAGGAAUCCAAGGGCCCGCUCCCCUCCACUGCCACUACCGCUGCCACGCUUGCUUCUCCCGAAUCCACUGCCCCGGGUAUCACAGACAGACCAAGCCCGAGCUCUUUAUUCGCCCCCGAUAACACUCUUCAAGUCCUGUCACCGAGUCUCUCGAACAAGUCGCCCAAAUCUCCUCGCUCUCCUUUCAGUAAAUUCAACCCGACUAGGAGGCCGCAAACCCGGCAAGGGGAGCCCCGGUCGCUCCCAGUCGAAGAAUCCCCGCCGCCGCUGCCCUUGCGCUCUGCCGACGAUACGCAUCUCCUUCGCAAGGAACCCAAUUAUUCUAACCAUAACCCACAGAACACACCCGCUGUAUCAUCUAUUAGUCAGUCUACGACGUCGCCCAAUUUGUCCCUGGUCCAAGGCCGCAACGAAGAGAAGCACACGAGGAGUGGUAGCCGGUUCUUCAACUUUGGGAAGGGCGCAAGGUCCAACAACCAACUUCAGCCACAUACCCACACUGCGAGCAAUAGUGAGGCUAUGUCGCGAGGCCUCGAUUUACCUAUAAUGGCAGAAAGAGUUCCGAGCAAAUCCUCCAAAAAUUCCGACCAAUCUUCUCCUGACUUAACGAUACAAAAACCUGCACCUGUUUUGGCAGCAAAAUCAGAUGUACCUCUACCAGCUACUAGUGAACAUGAGCCGGCAACGUUGAAAAAGAGCAAGCCGAAGCCAUUUACAUUAUUAGGUCGCAAUAGAUCAUUUAAAGAGCAGGAUGGUCAAAAUCUACAGCCUAAUGUUACAAUUCAAAUGACCGAACCGGAGAAAGCGGCACACUUCGAUGAGCACCCACCACUCAAGACGGCCCCAAUUAAUCCGGAGGCACAUGAUAGGUCUUUUAGAAAUAUGAUGAAUUCGUCCACGCGCAAUCAUUCGGCAGAUCGGGCCUUUCGUGAUACGUCAUCGCAUAAAGAAUAUCGCAAUGAUAAAGAAAAUAGGAGCCAGCCUCCUUCCAUCAAAGACAACGGCGCCUCUACAUUUUUCGGCGGACUCAGGAGUUCAGGUAGCCGAGCCGCCGACAUGAUCAGUAAGGGUUUAUUUGGAAAAGGUGGCCGCAGUGCCAGUACCUCUGAGAGGGAACCAGUGGUGGACGAUGAGCACUAUAUCCUCAAAGUUAUCAAUCUGCCACUAGUUGAGCAGACACGCAAGACUAGAAUCUCAAAGAGAUUGGAAGAAUCGCGAGACAAGACAGAAUUCUGGAUGCCCGCCUUUCCCUGGCGAGCCAUAGAUUAUCUCAACUUCAACGGCACUGAUGUGGAAGGUCUCUACCGCGUUCCUGGAAGUGGCCCGCAGAUUAAGAAGUGGCAGCGGAGAUUUGACGAAGAAUAUGACGUCGAUCUCUUCGCUCAAGAUGAUCUCUACGAUAUAAAUAUAAUUGGUUCUAUGCUGAAAGCCUGGCUUCGUGAGCUACCAGAUGAGCUCUUUCCGAAAGAAGCCCAGGAGCGUAUCUCCCGAAACUGUGCUGGCUCUGAAAAGGUGCCACAAAUGCUCAUUGACGAACUGUCGAAUCUUCCACCAUUCAAAUAUUACCUCCUUUUCGCUGUUACCUGCCAUCUCAGCCUGCUUUUAGCUCAUUCCGAUAAGAACAAAAUGGACUUCCGAAAUCUUUGCAUCUGUUUUCAGCCCUGUAUGAAGAUAGAUGCAUUUUGUUUCAAGUUUCUCGUUUGCGACUGGCGCCUCUGCUGGCAGGGCUGCAGGAACGAGGCCAAGUACAUUGAAGAAGAAUACAAACUGUUUCAACAGCCUUUGCCCCGAGGUCUUGCGGGGGGAAACGAAUCGCCUGACGAUCGCACUAUCUCCUCUUCCGAUGGCAGCAAAUGCUCAGUACAUACUACCGAAGUGCAUAAUGGAAAACCGAAGAAAAAGGCACUGGCCUCUAGCCAAUCGAGUGGAAAUCUGACAGCUGACUAUUCGUCGUCUUCGCCUAAUCAAUCCAUUGACCGAGAAGUUCCCUCACAGCAAACCCGGGAACUACGGCCAUUAUCUCCCAUCAAGCCGUUGUCACCAAUGAACUUCUAA